GUCGCAGUAGUCGCCUAUCAUCAUCAACUCCAAUCCGUCGCUCAUUCAAAGUUUUGCCGAGCGCGAGCCAUCAACAGAAGCGCGUCGUGUUUUAUUGACCGUGAAUAUCUCUCACUUCGUUACCCGCGAAAAGUUCUUCUAGUUUUGUCCUUUAGCAGCUAAUUAUUAAACAAUGGGAAAUUUCCGAGAAGUUCUAGGCGUCAGCGAAAUAUCCUCAUCAAAAGUAAUUGAUGCGGUUUGGAAAGCUCUUCUGGCCGAGUUUUUGGGCAACUUUUUGCUUAACUUCUUUGGAUGCGGAUCAGUGAUAGUGAUGUCUUCAACCCCGCCAGGCGCACAACCGAAUUUCUUACUGGUGGCAAUAACAUUCGGACUGGUAGUGUUUGUCUGUGUUCAGGCCUUAGGCCAUGUAAGUGGAGCACAUCUAAACCCAGCGGUUACAGCAGGAAUGUUAUCAGUGGGCAAUAUCAAGAUAAUUAAAGGAUUAAUGUAUAUCAUCGUGCAAUGCCUUGGUGCUAUUGCCGGCUCCGCCACUUUAAAGGCACUUCUUCCCGAAACGUUACAUACCGGAGGCCUAGGAACCACUAAACUUAACACAGCUCUCGAAAUAAACCCUCUUCAAGGAUUUGGAUUCGAAUUUUUCCUUGGAUUUAUCUUGGUGUUAGUUGUUAGUGGAGUUUGUGAUCCAAACAGACCUGAAGCAAAAGCAGCGGGACCUCUUGCAAUUGGAUUGGCAGUGGCUUUAGGACAUAUGGGAGCCAUUAACUUCACCGGAUCGUCAAUGAACCCCGCUAGAAGUUUUGGAAGUGCCGUCAUUUCUGGAAUCUGGGAUGAUCAUUAUAUUUACUGGCUUGGACCAAUUGUUGGUGGUAUCAUUGCAGCUCAGAUUUAUCACCACGCAUUAAGAGCACCCACCCUUACUACAGUGAAAAUCAUCGAAAGGUACUCUACUGUUGCAGAUGAAAAAGAACUAAGAAGACUGGAUGGACAGAAAGAUGCUGAUAACUAUGCUUAAGGCUACUCGCAACCCAUACACUAAGCUAAAGCCGCAUAUUUUUCCCAGUGCAUAUUGUAUAAGAAAGUAUAUAAAGAUUAAAUCCUAAAAGCUUUUAUUUAUUUAUAAUAAGAGAAAUAAACAAUAAUUCUUUAUUUCCUUUUUUCUUAUUAGGUGAUUUAAUACAUUCAAAAAGCUUUAUUAAUUUACGUUUGUCUGAGGGAAAUCGUAUUAUUUAAUAUAAUUGUGUGUUCAAGCUUUUAUGCAGCUCGUUUAUUAGUAAUUAUUGUUAAUAGAGAUUAUUAUUUUGCUUAUAUCUGUAGCCUUUUUAUUAAUUUAGUUACCUAUUUGAUUCUCAUUAAAUACAGUAUUUAUUUAACUAAUUAAGUUUGCUCUAAUAUGUUAAUUGUUAGGAAUAAUACGAGUAUUUAAGUUUUAUUAAUAAAAUGUAAUUCUUAUUUUU